GCUGCACACGGUCUCGGGCGCCGCUGCUCCUCUGUACGCCGCUCCGGCUCCUCUGCGUGCAGAACUGUCCCGGAAUAUAAACAAGAGGCCGGAGGAGUCGCAGGGUCCCCCGAGAGUCCAGGAGCCGCCCAGCCCGGGGCCCCGCACAGACCGCCCUCCAAGCACUAUAAGCGGCCAUCUCGCCCGGGGACUAAAGAAGCCGACCCUCUGCACCGACAACGGCUGACGGCGCCGCCGCGGCUGAACGCGUUUUUUUAAUCCGUUUUUUUGUAUUUUUGGGGUUUCUUACUACGCUCUCCUCUUAUUUUUAGAGCGCCUCUGUCUUUUUUAGGACUCUGAGCACAAUGUCUGACCUCCACUGAGGACGCGCCCUUUUAUUUGCCUCCCUCCCUCGUACAGGGCAGUGAUGGGGCGUUUUUGAGGAGCCCCUGAUAUUAUAUUUAUAGGUUUUUGGGCCAAGUUGGGCGAAACUUUGUAUUUUUGUACCUUUUUUUUCUUACGUGUUGGAUUUGGUAGCGGGUCGUCUCAUGGAGCCGUCAGGGAGCGAGUUCAGCAUGAAUCAGGGAGAAGAGGUAAAAGCCAUGGCCGCCGAGGCACCGGAGACGGAAAAUCGCCAGAAGACGCAGGAAGCGGAAGUCAUAAAAACGGAUUCCGACGCUGGGGCGAUAAACUCUGUUUCGGAGGCGACGACGGAGAGGAGUCCAGAGGUAUCGGAGGAGGGCGAGGCCUCGGGGUCCAGUGACGGCAGCAGCAGCUACAGCGCCAGCACCCAGCCCAAUGACACCCAGUCCGAAGGGGGAGAAGAGGACGGCAACGGUCAGUCCAUUCCAGAGCCAGGCAAACCCCGUGAGCUGUCCGCUUCAGCUGAAUCCGAGCCGGCCGGGAGCUGUCAGUCUUCAGAAGAUCAACUGAAGAUGGAGAACCCGUCUCUGCAGAACCUGCUGAGCUCCAGUGUCAGCGUCAGCCCCUGCGAGGAGGCCAUGGAGACCGGGGCGUCUAAACCGGCCGGGAUCGGGGCCACAGGGGCCGACUAUUACUUUGUCAAGUGGAUAAACUGGAAGGGAGAACGGACGCCGGUGAUCACCCAGAGCGAGAACGGACCCUGCCCCCUGAUCGCCAUCAUGAAUAUUCUCUUCUUACGUUGGAAGGUGAAGCUCCCGCCUCAGAAGGAGCUGAUCACGUCGGAGGAGCUGAUGGCGCACCUCGGUGACUGCAUUCUGUCCAUACAGCCGCAGGAGAACUCCGAGGCGCUGCAGCUCAACUUCCAGCAGAAUGUGAACGACGCCAUGACGGUGCUGCCCAAGCUUUCCACAGGGCUGGACGUUAACGUCCGCUUCACAGGAGUGGCGGAUUUCGAGUACACCCCCGAGUGCAUCGUCUUCGAUCUCCUCAAUAUUCCCCUGUACCACGGCUGGCUGGUGGAUCCUCAGAGCUCUGAGGCCGUCCAGGCGGUGGGCAAGCUGAGUUAUAACCAGCUGGUGGAGAAGAUCAUCACCUGCAAGCACUCGGCGGACCCCAACCUGGUGACAGAAGGUCUCCUCGCGGAGCAGUUCCUGGAGUCCUCGGCAGCGCAGCUGACCUAUCACGGGCUGUGUGAGCUGAUGGCGGCGGUGAAGGAGGGUGAGCUCAGCGUCUUCUUCCGGAACAAUCACUUCAGCACGCUGAUAAAGCACAAGGGCCACCUGUACCUACUGGUCACGGACCAGGGCUUCCUGCAGGAGGAGAAGGUGAUCUGGGAGAGCCUGCACAACGUGGAAGGAGACAGCUGCUUCUGCGACUCGGACUUCCACCUCACCCAGCACCUGGAGAAGGAGGCCUCGUUCAGCUCCCCGCAGCAGCUGCAGCAACGGCAGGUGGAUCAGGACUACAUGAUCGCACUGUCCUUACAGCAGCAGCAGCAAGGAGCUCUGCCCAUGAGUGACCUCGAGCUGGCCCAACAGCUGCAGAAAGAGGAGUAUCAGCAGCAGGCGCCGGCCCAGGCACCUCCACAGUCCCCCCAGCAGGCCCGGCCCCAGACAUCGGGACGUCCACCCUCCGAGCGCAGACAACGGUCAAAGGAAUCGGAUUGUGUCCUGCUAUAGCCCCGCCCCCGUGUGAGAGAAAACGGGCACAGGAAUCCAGGGUGCAACCACCAGGGGGCGCAGCACAGGCCUCCCAUACUGUACAGCAGAUGUGUGGAGCUGGUAUAAGUCUCCGGGUCCUUGUCUUGUCUGGGCACUUACAAUACGGAGGGGGGGGGGGAUUCCUCCCGCUGCCCCAUCCCCCGACUUUUAAUCUUCUGCAGCUCUUCUUUUUUUUUUUCGCCCCAGUUUUUGUAUCUAUACGGUAAUUACUCCAGGGCAGCGUUACUGAGCUCAAGUUACAUUAUACUCCAUUCCCUCCCAGAGCUGCAUUCAUAACUACCUGUCACUCCAAUCUCCCAGCUUCCCCUGCUGGUUCAGUGUCUGUCUGACCAAUUUCAUAAAUACUUGCAUUCCUCAUAAAAUAAAAACGGUGCAUGUUUCUUGUCUGUUCCUCUGUUCUGCCUCCUGUAAAUGUGUGAUGAAACUGGGUGUGGCCCUGACGCAGUCUGACGCUGGCCAAUCACUGCUGGUUUCGCUGUUACAGGACACGCCCCUCGGACUAGGGGAAUGGUUAACUCUCAGCCGUCUGUUUCAUACAUUUCCAGGAGGACUAAUAGAGGAACAGCACAGAGAAGAAAAAAACCUAAACGCUAUAAUUAUUUGCAAAAGCAGAUAAGUCGGGUGCAGUGACAUGUCCUCCCGAAGGGUGAAUGCAGCUCUGGAUGUGACUGGAGGAGAAGAAAGGUAAUGCCAGAUGUUGUAUAGCAGUGUGGCUGCGGCGCCCCUCGUAGGUCCAGUUACCUGGUCAGUGUUCACCGGUCCGUAGUGGGGGGGAGGGGUGGAGCGACAGAGCUAUCCGCCAUUCUUUUUUUUUUGACAAUGGAGUUACGUCCUGCCUUAAAGGGGAACGCUCACCCUGUAGGUCCUGUAAUCACUGCUGAUGGGGGUUUAUUCUGGGAGGAGUCGCCCUCUACUGGUUGUGUUAGAUCCGACCACGUGAUUGGCUCAUGAGCUGUACUGUCUCUUUUUCGCUGUAGCCUUUUUUUCGGGAACAGCCCCGUCAGCGAUUGCCUCACUUCCAGACAUGACAAGAUGGCCGCCUCUGCUCUCCAGCGGUUCGCCACGCUCUGCUUUUCACGUAGUCUUACGCUUUGGUCUGUACAUUUUCUCGCGUGUAAAUACGAUGGAGUUCUGCUUUUUUUUUUUGUGUCGGGCACCUUCUGCCCCACCCCCACCCUCCAUCCCGAUCCUGCUGCUAUGGACCAAUCUUUUCUAUCCUCGAUUGCUAUAUAAACCUCUUACCCCAAGUGUCCUUGUGAACAGACCGCGUCAUUAAUUUAAUGCGUAGCUCCACUUUCCAUCACCUCCUGCUGGUUCAGUGUCUGGGCAGAGACGGACCUGCACUGGAUGGAGUUACUGACCCAGAACUGCCUUUGUAAUUCUGCUUCUGAGUUCACAUCCUACAUCACUUCCUGCUGCUUCAGUGUCUGAUUGAAAUGGAUGGUGUUUUUACCAGGUGCAGUGCAGCGCAAAAUCCAUGCUAAGGACAGCCUGCCGGAGCCCACCUCAUCCAGCCGCGCCAGAUCCUACAGUUCACCGCCGGACUCCAUUGUAGUCAGUGGGGUCAGGAGGUGAACGGUAGUAUCGGCACGGCCGGGUGAGGUGAACGCCAGGACAGCCUGCCGGAGCCCACCUCAUCCAGCCGCGCCAGAUCCUACAGUUCACCGCCGGACUCCAUUGUAGUCAGUGGGGUCAGGAGGUGAACGGUAGUAUCGGCACUGCCGGGUGAGGUGAACGCUAGGACAGCCUGCCGGAGCCCACCUCAUCCAGCCGCGCCAGAUCCUACAGUUCACCGCCGGACUCCAUUGUAGUCAGUGCGGUCAGCAAGUGAACGGUAGUAUCGGCACGGCCGGGUGAGGUGAACGCUAGGACAGCCUGCCGGAGCCCACCUCAUCCAGCCGCGCCAGAUCCUACAGUUCACCGCCGGACUCCAUUGUAGUCUGUGGGGUCAGGAGGUGAACGGUAGUAUCGGCACUGCCGGGUGAGGUGAACGCUAGGACAGCCUGCCGGAGCCCACCUCAUCCAGCCGCGCCAGAUCCUACAGUUCACCGCCGGACUCCAUUGUAGUCAGUGGGGUCAGGAGGUGAACGGGUAGUAUCGGCACGGCCGGGUGAGGUGAACGCCGGGACAGCCUGCCGGAGCCCACCUCAUCCAGCCGUGCCAGAUCCUACAGUUCACCGCCGGACUCCAUUGUAGUCUGUGGGGUCAGGAGGUGAACGGUAGUAUCGGCACGGCCGGGUGAGGUGAACGCCAGGACAGCCUGCCGGAGCCCACCUCAUCCAGCCGCGCCAGAUCCUACAGUUCACCGCCGGACUCCAUUGUAGUCAGUGCGGUCAGCAAGUGAACGGUAGUAUCGGCACGG